UGUUUCACAACCACUGUCUCCAAGAAGACCACAGCUUGUAGCACAGUAAACAAGGGAACAGGAAAAGUUGCUGUUUCAAAGACAAGGAGACCGACGCUGCCAGACGGAGCUGCUUCUGCAGACUAGGUGUGGAAGAUUGCACCGAAGUGCCCAAGUGCACCCACCACGCCGCGCAAGCAGAAACUCAAAGAGUAGGGCAUCUCUCGCAUCGAUCCGACGGACGCCAUGUCUCUGGACGUGAAGGACAAGACGCAGGUGCGGCUGGUGUUCAUGGGAGCCGCUGGCGUGGGCAAGACGGCGCUGAUCCAUCGCUUCCUGCAGGACACGUUUGAACCCAAGCACAGGCGCACCGUGGAGGAGCUUCACAGCAAGGACUACGAGAUCGCCGGCGUGAAGGUCACCGUGGAGAUCAUGGACACCAGCGGCAGCUACCCAUUCCCGGCCAUGCGCAAGCUCUCCAUCCAGAACGGCGACGCGUUCGCCCUCGUCUACGCCAUCGAUGACGCAGAAUCCGUGGAGGUGGUCAAGAGCCUCCGGGACGAGAUCCUGGAGAUCAAGCAGGACAAGUUCACCCCCGUCGUGGUGAUCGGCAACAAGGCAGACCUGGAUGAAUGCCGGCGGGUGCCCGCCGCCGACGUGCUGUCCACGGUGGAGCUGGACUGGAGCAACACCUUCCUGGAAGCCUCCGCAAAGGAGAACAAGAACGUGGUGGAGGUGUUCAGGGAGCUGCUCCAGCAAGCCAACCUGCCCAGCCGCCUGAGCCCGGCUCUGAGGCGCCGCAGGGAGACCUUCCCUAAAGACACCAGCUUCCGGCCUCCCAUGAACAAGACCAACAGCUGUACCGUGUCCUAACGGUGCACAUGGAAGGACGAGAAGGGAAUUCCAGAACUGGCGCAGGAGGGCAGCUAUUGGUGUAAGGUGGGGGGGAGGGGUGUUCCGUGACUCUGAAGGAAGUCGCAUCAGCAGAGGGCGACACAGCUGGACAUUACAACUGGACAUUCUGAUUCCAUAACUCCCUCGAUGACAUCACUGGGCUUCACACUGCUUUACUACUGCAGCAACAGGCACAGAGCAACACGUGUUGCUGAGCAGGGUGGGAAAAAAGACCCAACGGCUGAACACAGAGGAGACGAAGGCAAAUACUACCACACACAGAAUUCCUAAAAAAAAUAAAUAAAUUCCGUUCCAUCUGCUUCGGAAUGGCAUGUGCAAAUGUGUCAGUGAGGGAAAUAAGAACAGAAAUAAAUACAUUUAAAUCUGAAACACUAACAGUGAAGAUCAGUUCUUCUACUGUUUUUGUGUACAUGCAAGUGAUGAUCAAGGUGUUUAUUAAUAACUCUUUAUUCUUUAUUAUUUGUUACAAAAGUACACUGUUCCAUAUUGUUAAAAGUGUUUAUAUGUAUGUACUGAAAAUGGCUUUAUAUUAUGUGAUCUUUAUCACUUUGAUAUCAGACUGUAUGGAAAUCUAAUUAUGUUUACAAAAUAGUGACCUGUAAAAUAUAAAUGAAUCCAACAUUGUUAAAUAAUCAUAAACCCAUGUAACAUCACCGUUUCGUUAUUUUUUUAUUAUUCCUGUUUGUAAUCUAUGUUUGUAAUGUACUUUCAUGUCAAGUUUUGUACUUUUAAGUAGUUUUCAUGAAGAUGUAAAAUAACCUUUUUUGUUAUGUUAUUUUUACAUGAACUGUGCCGUGCAUGGAGAGUGUUUACGGUAAUAAAGCCAUUCUUUGAAGUA